CACAGUUAUGCAGAAAAAGCGGUGUUUCCAAGUAACACUUACAGCGUGGUAUUUACUCCUCAUGACAAAGAUUAGUGAGGUAGUACUGACAAGUUGCAAUGUUUCCCUUCCAACUCUGCAAAUGGUUUCAAUGUGUCCUACAACCGAAGAGGAAUUAGAAAAGGCUACAAAAAGAAAAGAUUGCAAGAGCCUUGCUGAAAUUCAAACUUGUGUCCCACCAGGAAAUUUCACAUAUCAUUGUGUGAUUAAUGAUUUCGCAAAUGAAACCUACGAAGUAUGUGCCCCUGCAAUCUAUUCCCAAGGACGCUGUCUAGAAUUUGACCAGCAUGGAAGAAGAAUUGAAGAACUGAAUAUCAAUUGUGUACCAAUGGGCUGCCCAAAGAAAUUUAGAAGCGCAAACUUACUCUCAUAUGGGGGUUGUAGCAAGAUAGUUAAACAUAAAGGAAAUAAAUCCACGACCUAUUUAUCAGGAGAUUGCUACUGGAAUGCUCUCUCAAUAAUUUUGGCGGCUAUCUGUGGAGUACUGUUUCUUCUGCUUUCACUUGUGUUGGGUAUACUUUGUCGAAAAAUGAAACAAGAGAACCAUAGAGGCUUGCAAUUUUCCGAAGAGACAACAAUCUUGAAUGGGGAGGAAUCAACCGCGAAUGCAAUACAGAAAAUCACUGAAGAUUACGAUUCAAGAAAAAGAAGAAAAGGAAAGGGGCAGAUUCCCCAGCACACAAAACUUCUUACAACUUCGACCUUAAGCAUAAAAAGUUCUGAAAGUCACGUGACAGUAAAACAAGGUUUUGACGCUAAAACGUUUACGUUUUUCUUGAAAAGACACAAUCUGCAGGAUUGUAAAAGGGUUUUAUAUAGAAAUAAAAUCGACUGUCUUCAAACAUUCUUUGAACUAGACGAAGAAAAAUUAACAUCAUUUGGUCUGGAUUAUGGACAAGUGUUAAAAUGCUUGCGGGCGAAAAAGACAAUACAAACAGAAAGUAGAGUUUAAAUGUUAAACUACUUUUUACAAAUCAUUUGCAUAAAACUUACGUGUCUUAUUAUUUUUUUUUAAUAUAAAAAAAGAAUAAGAAAAAAAACCAUGCAAUGACUGUUUCAUUAUAUGAAUUUUUUUUCACCUCGUUAUUGUAAUCGAACUUUCGUGAGUGUAUAGUUUUUGAUAGUACUUCCAUCUGUCUGCUUAGCUAGUUGAUUGUACCUAGCCCAUGACUUUAGAUUGGCUUUUACAUGGAUAUCUUACAAGUGAAUUUCUUGUGACAAGACGUUACUUUUGGUUAUAACAAAUUUAACUCUUUGACCUUGCAAUUGGAGUUUGAUUAACAUUUGCAAAAUUUUACCAAACUUCACCCUUUGUCAUAACUUUUAAAUGGUUAGCUCUAAGACGUCCAUACAUCACAUGUGUAUUUCUUGUGAUAGGAUUUCCCUGGAAUACAAAUAUUUUUUGACUUUUUAACUUUGACCUGAGUCCGGCUUAUUAAAAAAAUUAAACUUGGUAAUAACUUUAAUUUAUUUGUAGCUAUGGCUUUCAUAUUUCUCAUGUUAUCCCCUUGGGUACCAAUACUUUUGAUCUUUUGGCCUUGAAUUUUGGCCUUUUUUCGAAAAACUAUAACCUUUGUCAUUACUAUUGAACAGUUGAUGCUAGGGAUUUAUUGUCUCAAAAUUGUAUAUCUUUUCGGAUGAGAGCAUUCUCUGAGUAUCAUCAAUUUUGACUAUUUGACCUUCAUUCUUGAGAUUGAAUUACUUUUGAAAAAAUGAACCUUGGCAAUAACGUGUGAAAAUAGCGCUAGGCUAUAAAUUUUUCUCCCUGAGGUACCAACAGUUUGAACUUUAAUUUUGUCCUUGACAUUGAAGUUUGACCCACUAUUACAAAAUACACUUGGUCAUAACUUUUUGAAUAUUUGGAGUCAGGCUUUCAUAUUCUACAUCUGUUUUCCUUACGGAAUUUCAACAUUUUGAUCCUUUGACCUUGACCAUGACAAUGACCUAUCAUAGGGGGAGAUUAGUGUUUCACAAUCAUAUUUUUUUUAUUUGGUGUAUUAGAUAUAAAAAUACUUGUGUGUUGUUAGCAUACACUUAUAAUAAGAAAAAAGGUCCUCUAAGUAAUAAAUUUGUAAAUUCUUUUAUAGAUUUUUUAUGUUUUUGUUG